UGUUGCUGCUGGGAAUGAGCGCACGGUGAAGUGCUCGGUGGUGUCGGCGCUGAGCAGUCACUACGCCGCGGGUCCGGCGGUGUCAGCUGGAAUGAAGCAGUGUGAUGAGUCGGCCAGGACGGAGCCCCUGACACCCCGCACUCUCUCUUCUUCGUCCCCGCGGAAGAUGGUGACUGGCGGCUAGUUCCAACUUCGGACUCCUUGGCUUUUUUCCCUGGCGAAGCGCGCUGAAAUCACUUGAGGGGUCCUGAGAUGACAGAAGUAGAGCCUGUGUUGGACUUCGCCUCCUCGGGGCGCUCGGGGAGGAGAAAUGCCCUGCCUGACAUCCUGGGCUCUCCGGCGGGCGUGAACCCUGGCGACCUUCCUCUUAAACUAGCUGAGCUGUCUCUCAAAGAUGGUCCGGGAGGGGCCCAGUCACCCACGGCGGAGGAGCCUCCAGCACCGCCGGAGAGCUCAGAGGGGAAAGAGGGAUCAUAGGGACUCGUUUAUGUACCUCCCCGGAGACCUGCAAAGAUAACCUGAGAGACGGGAUGAGGAGCGAGAUAGAGGGCGACCUGUGGGAGAGAGAGUGAUUAUCUGUGGAGAGUCAGUCUGUUUGCGAAGCAGCUGAGCCACGGACGGAGAGUGACGGACCGACUCCCGAUGGACUGGAGCUAGGAGCUUUUUGGCACUCAGUGUCACUUAGUUAUGAACCAAUGAGUGUGUGUGUGUAUAGUUGAGUUAUACAUAUACCAAACACUACACUGAGAAUCAAAGGGACCAUGACAGAUUGUAUACUUUACACUACUAUUUUUGUAUGAUUUAUUUAAAACUAAAGAAAAACAGGAACUCGUAAGUCAAAUUGUAAUAUGUACUAUUCCCUUGCAUUUCCUGCUGAUUUUUUUAUUCUAUAGUGGUGUGUGUUAUUUUACAUUGACAAUAGUAAGAAGGACAUUGAUAGCAGCCUGUCGUGGCUCAAAGCUUUUUAACCCAGCUGGAUGCAAAUUGGCACACUUGACGUAAGAAUACGUAGAAGAACAGUCUUUGUGUUGUCUUGCUCACUUAUGCUUUUACACUAUAUGUGUAUGAUCUACUGUAUGUUUUCAAAUCUGAGGCUGUUGUACAGUAUAUCUCCAUUGUAAAUGUACAGUUUUUACCCCUCAUCACCAGACUGUUUUGAUCCUAGCAACAACCAGGGAUUUGAUCCAUUUUUCUAGGCGUCCAUAUGGUGCGAGGUGAUAACGUGGAAGAGCCGUCCAAAUCUUGAGACAUUCCUUUAGAGAAUAAUGUCCCACUGCCAGCAGUGUACACACUGCUUCAUUAUAAUACUGAGAAAGUCAGAUUUCCUUUUGGUUUUUUGCUCUUCACUUUCCUCUGAAAAUGUGCCUCGUGGCAGUUCACAACCGAAAACCUGUGUUGUGUUCUUUCUCUGUGAAGCACUGUUAUCGACUGUUUUUGGGCUACUGAUAUUUCCUCGGUUUUAAUAGGAGGUAUCAUAACACCUCAUUACUGCUUGAACUCUAAAUGAAAGGAAAAAAACAACACUUUUGUAACAUUCUAAAGACCUGCGGAUGCAGAUCCUACACCCUGUCAGGAAAAGCAUUCCCUUUUGUGUAAACUUCAGCAGGGCUUUUUUUUUUUUUGCAGCGCGAUGCUUCUCGCACGUGCUUCUUAUAGCGACAGCAGCAUAUGCCCGCAGUCUGGGCAUGGGAGCAAGCAACGCUGCCGCCGCCGCCGCCACAAUGUGUUUCGAGUGUCAAAAAUGGCAGCACAGUCUCCGCACAGAAGAAAGUCUGUUCACACUCAUCAACACAUAAGCAGAGCUGUGAAUAGGAUGCAAGACAGAGCACGAAACACAGCGAGAGUCCACAUUUGUCAGCUGUCCGAUCACUGCUACUGUAUAUAUAUAUACUGUAUUUUAGUAUAACCCAUGUGUGUCAUACAUGCUGCCUGUAUGAUUACUCACAUACUGUAUCCACAAACAAAUGAUGUUCUGUAAUUGUCUCUAUUUGAAGAUGUUUUGCUGGUGGCUGUGUCUUUAUGUGGAUGUGUUUCACAAAUGCAACAAGGAAAGCCUGAUGUGCUGCUGUCCAGCCUUUGUUUAUGCUGUACUACUACUAAUGCUGAUGGGAACGUGUUCAUGGUCUAUCUGAAGCUGUAUGAUCAACACUUUUUUGGGGGGUUGAUGAAUCAGAGGUGUAUUUUGUAGUGUCCUGAUCUCUAAGUGGUGCAUAUAUUUUACUUAGCUGGAUUGAAUCCCAUAUGUUGAUUCUAUCUGGUGGUGAAAAUUGCCAUAUUAAACC